AUGUUACAAGAAGAUAGAACAUUACCAUUUAAUUCUUUAAUGGAAAAAGCAGAAGAAGUAAAGCAUAUUUUACCAUGUGCUAAUCAAAUUUGUCAUUUAGCAUUGACUUCUCUUGUAACAGUAGCAUCAAACGAAAGAUCUUUUAGUAAACUAAAAUUGAUUAAAACACAUCUUAGGUCAACAAUUUCUGAUGAGAGAUUAAACUCUUUAAUUGUAUUGGGAGAAGAAAAAGAUAUUGUUGACCUAUUGGAUAUAAAUAAAAUAGCACAUCAAUGGUCAAUUUUAAAAACCGACGUAUAUAAAUUUAGUGUUAAGUUUAUUAUAAUAUUUUUUUGUUGA